CUCUCACCACUCGCCCAGCACGGCUACUCUCGCGGCGACUCUGGUAUUGCCCGACAUACCACCACGCUCGUUUACCCCCCAAUUUCUGGAUAAGCUUUGCAACGCCGAGGCGCGCGCCCACAAGAAAGCAAAGGUUGACGGCAUCGGGCACUACUGAAAGCCGUGACGCGGCCGGGUGCAGACCACUGCAGCAAGCCCGACGACAAGCCUCGCAGGCCGCAAAGCUCCAUCUCCAUCCUCCGCCGUGACAGGCGACUCAUUGCACGCAGGAAAGCUGGCGAAGUGACACGCAUUCACCAUGGUGCCCUCGACUCCUCGCCUGAGGAUCCUUUCAGUGGGCGGCAACGCAGUGUCGGCCUUUCUUUCCUGGCGACUUUCAGCGACCAAUGCAUGCGACGUGACAUUGGUGUGGAAGAGCGGCUAUGAACAGGUCUCGCAGUACGGGAUAUCAUUCAGGUCUCCCAAGUUCGGCAAUGAGCGCUUCAAGCCGAGACAUGUGGUCAGAACACCCGAAGAGGCCGCUGGAGCCUCCCGAGCGUCAUUCGAUUAUGUCGUCCUUUGCGUAAAAGCGCUACCCGACGUCUACGACCUUGCCUCCGUCAUUGAGUCGGUGGUGUCUCCACAGCAUACCUGCAUCCUCGUCAAUACUACACAUACUCUCGGCAUCGAGUCGUAUCUGGAGCAGCGCUUCCCAACCAACGUUGUGCUUUCGUUGGUGUCCGGAGCAGAGAUCACACAAAUCGGCGCCAGCGAAUUUGAGCACAAGGGCGCUACGGAAUUGUGGGUGGGUGCGGCGAACACGAACCCAUCUAUACCGGCAUCAAUACAAACGGACAUGGCCGAGGCGCUUGCGAUGACCUUGAAGUCUGGUCAGGUCGAUUGCGAAGUGUCCCCGAACAUCCGACAACAGCAGUACGACCGCAUGAUAGGGCCGAUUGCCUUCCACCCUGCAAGCAUCGUUUUCGAAACUCCGUCGCACGCCGACCUCUUGGAAAAGGUCGGCGUCCGCUCGCUUAUCAGUGGCGUGAUUGACGAACUCAUGGCUCUAGCCAAAGCGCAGGGCUGUAACUUCAAAUCGAGCUUCAAGGAGCAAGUCAUGGAGCAAAUGGUUGUUUCGAGCGAACCGACGAGCACCAUGUACCAGGACUUCACCUCCAGGAGGCCCAUGGAAGUCGAGACUUAUCUCGGUUCACCAAUCAAGCUUGCGCAGGAGGCAGGCAUGCAAGUCCCGCGCAUCGAAACCAUGUAUGCGCUAUUACACAACAUCAACAUUGUAAACCAGCAACGACCGCAACAACCACAAGCAUCGCACGCUGCCGUGCCGGAUGGACAACAAGCACAGGCGCCGCCGGCACCCCGGAUGUCUACAUCUCAAGGACCUCGCGGCAAUGGCCCUCCACCAAUGAAUGGCAUGCCGCAACAAAGACCAGGUGUGAUGCGCCCUGCUAGCCGAGGACCUGGACCCAUGGCCGGCCCUCCUCCCAUGAGGAGAGGCCCGCCGUCAAUGCAUAACUACCCGCCACGCGUCAAUGGUAAUGGCUAUGGACCCCGUGGGCCUCAGCAGCUGUCGCGGAGGCCGUCGUUCGAAGGCGGUGACCUGGAGGAGUUCAGCCACCUGAUGCUUUACGAUGACAUACCGGAGGGCCAAGCGGCGGAUGGCUACGAUCCCAUGGCUGCUGCAUCUGCCUCCGACUUUACUCUCAGAGAGCGUGAGCUUGCAUUGCGACAGAAGGAAUUGGCGUUACGUGAGCGGGAGUUGAACAUGGGCCGCAGAAGAGGCCCGCCGCCGCCACCACAAGCACCUCGCGGUGGUUAUGAUGAUGAUGAUGACGAAGAGGGUGCGGAAUACUUCGAUCCUAUGGCUGGCCCGCAAAUGCCGCCGGGUGAGGUUGACAACAUUGACAUGAUGAGCGUGACCUCUCGGAGAACACGGAAGGCUCCUAGUGCGAGCCAACUUCGCAACAAUCCAGACGGCAUGAACGGUCCGGCCAUGCGUGGCGGCCGUGGUGGGUGGAAACGACCAUCCGUGAAGAACCGUACCAGUGCUGCCAUGAUGGCCCAGAUGCCGAAUGUGCAUGAAGAGCUGUCCAACAACCCAUUAAUGGGCUACUCCUCGGAUCGCUAUGGCAUCGUUGACCGGUCCAACUUGGGCGUAGAAUCUCGCAGUAACUCACUCACGGCUGAGCGUCUGAACGAGCUUCAUGGACCAGGUGGUUUUGGCGGCCCUUCACCCGGGUCAUUUCCGCCAAUGAAUCGUCGCGGCAGCCAGAGCCCUGGCAACCCUCUAAGCCCAGGGCAGCAGAGGCAACCCUUCCGCCCGUCUCCGCCCAAUGGAUAUGGACAACCACCACCGGGACCCGGCAUGAUGUCCGGCCCAAACGGCCGGCCUAGUCCGCCAGGCAUGAGGCAGCCGGUUCCACGCCAUCCACCCGGGCACGGCAAUCACGUCGCACCGCAGCAGAUUGAGGAGCAAACAGGGGUGAGCAACUUAUACCCGCCCAAACACGACCGAAGUGGUCAAGUACGCAGUCUGACUGGCUCCGCGAGCGCUAGCGCGGGCAGUGGUGAUAGCAAUCGCUCCGCACCGCUCGACUCGGAACCGAGCGCCCACAGCUCUAGCAGCAGUUUAGGACCGCGACCGGCAGUUGGCGUGCGUUAAGACCUGUUGUACAUACUCGCCUUCGCCGCGAAUUGGAAUCGUUCAAGAUAGGCAUGGGGUUGGGAGUCAUUGAGCAAGAGCUCGACGAGCUCGCAUCUGGGCGCAUUUGACGGCAGCGUAUUUCUUCGACGGCGAUUCUUCAGCGAGCAUCUCACGAGACUUACCGACUAUUACAACCGCAUACCCACGCUUUCCGCCUCGCCGAACA